AUGGCGGAGGUAUCGACUCUGCCUCUGCAGUUCGUGGUGGCCGCGUUCCUUGCGCUGUCUGUGGCCACGACAGCGUCGGCGUCACCUGCGCCGGCAAACCGGAGCAGCUGCUACAAGCGUAUGUUCAGCUUCGGCGACUCUCUGAUCGACACCGGCAAUUUCAUCGUCCACUACGCCAAUGCGUCGGGCCCCGUCCUGGCGUUGCCAUACGGCGAGACCUUCUUCGGACGCCCCACCGGCCGCUGGUCCGACGGCCGCCUCGUCGUCGACUUCAUCGUGGAGAGGCUGGGGUUCCCGUACUGGCCGGCGUACCUGCAAGCGGCGGCAGGGAAGUCGCCGGCGGAGGAGUUCCGGUACGGCGCCAAUUUCGCGGUGGCGGCCGCCACGGCGUUGAGCCAGGAGUUCUUCAUUAAAAAGAACCUCAGCGUUGACCAGUUCCCACCGAUCCCCCCCUACUCCCUCGACGUCCAGAUCGGCUUGUUCAAGAAAGUGCUUGCCGCGCUCGCCUCCACGGACCAAGAGCGGAAGGAGGUGAUGGCGAGCUCGCUGUUCCUGGUGGGAGAGAUCGGCGCCAACGACUACAACCACCCCUUCUUCCAAAACAAAACAGUCGAAUGGGUCAGGCCCAUCGUGCCCCAGGUCAUCAGGUCCAUCGCUCUCUCCAUAGAGGCCUUGAUCGAGCUGGGCGCCAAGACCAUGUACGUGCCGGGCAUCUUCCCGCUGGGGUGCACCCCGCAGUUCCUCUUCCUCUUCCCCGGCGACGACCGCGACCCUGCCACGGGCUGCCUCCGGUGGCUCAACGACCUUGUCCUCGUCCACAACCGCAUGCUGAAAGCCAAGCUCGAGGAGCUCCGCCGCGACCAUCCCGGCGUGUCCAUCACCUACGUCGACACCUACGACGACGUGCUCACCCUCAUCACCAAGCCGGCGGAGAACGGGUUCGCCGUGGAGACGGUGCUGAAGGCGUGCUACCCCGUCUUGAAUGCCGGGCAGGCGGCGGUGCCGUGCACGGACCCGUCGACGUACGUGUCGUUUGACGGCCUGCACAUGACAGAGGCCGCGUACAAGAUCAUGGCCCGCGGGGUGCUGGAUGGCCCGUUCGCCGCGCCGCCCAUCAUGUCCACAUGCAACCACCACAACUGCUAG